UGAUUGGCAUCAUUUUGAGGUAUCCCAUGAAGAAAACAAAACUGUUCUUCCUGUUUCGUUCAUGUUUGUCACCGUUGUUGGGUUGCUUGGCAUUAUUUUGGGAUAUCUCCUGAGGAAACAUAACCAUUCAUCUGGUAUUCAUCUUUUGCCUUAAAUUAUUGUUUUGGUGACUCAUGCUUUGUUAACAUGCAUUCAUCUGGUAAUUUAAAGAUUUCUUCUUUGUUUCUCCCUAAUUUGUUUCUAUAAUCGCGCCAGACUUGUCAAUCUUAUUCAUCUUACAGCUUACCAAUGUUCCAAGUAUGAUGUCCAAGAUGUGUUUUCUGAAAGUCUGUUGAAAUAUAGGACCAAGAAAUGUCUUCGAGUCUUAAGAACAUGGGGUUCAUUUUGCUUUUCUUUUUUUUUGCUCCCAAUAUCAAUUCAGUUUGUUUUGAUGGAAAGUAUAGAAAAUAAGAAAUGCUCCCAAAAUGGUAUUGAAUAUAGAUGUUCCACAGGUGAUUCCUUUUCCUCUUUAGCCUUGCCAACGAUGAAAAAUGUAGAAACGUUGAUCUCCAGCCUUGGUUGGUGGGAUCCUCAAUUUAGCAUUCCCCAUGAAUUAAACCUGUUUUUACUUUUUCCCCUUUCUUCUCUUUUAGAAUUAGGGUAAAAUUUCCAAUGUAUAUCACGGAACUAAAAACUGAGAAAUUCAUUUGAUGAUGGACAUUGAAAAAUAGUCUAUUCCUAUUUUAAACAAUUUCUUAGAGGGUGGUGAUGUGAGUACCAAGAAGGAAAAUAAAAAGAAUAAAAAUUCUACUGUUUUUGCCAAUGUUGAAGAGAGGUUAUACAUUAUUGGCUUAGUUUGUUUUAGCUCUAGUCCCUGUAUUUGACUAUUUUAAUUUGUCUAACUCUGGAUCGUUGUGCAGUUUCUCAGCUGGUGAAUCAAUUUAUGAAAGAAGGGUCAUCACCGAUCCCCUACAAGGUGGUGAAAGAUGAGAAAGCCAUGUAUGCAAGGUGGGACAUGCCGGGAAUGGGAAUAGAAGGGCUGAAGAUGUGGAUUGAAAACAACACUCUGCACGUAAAUGGAGAGGAAAAGGAGGAGGAGGAGGAGGAGGAGGAGGGAAAGAGUUUAUCAGCCUUAGGUCGGAGGAAGUACUCCGGUGACAUGGACAUCCCUCAGGGCUGCUACAAGGUGGAAGAGAUUGCAGCGGACCUCAAGAAUGGUGUGCUCAAUGUCAAGAUUCCAAAGAGAGAAGACAUUAUCAAUGUCCAGGCCAAUAGGAGUAGCUUUUUUUCUGUUGUUUGGAUUGGCAAUAAAAGAAGUGAAAUUUUAAGACUCAGGUACGUAAUUUUUAUUUUUGUUUUCUCUAAAACUAAAAUUUUAAAUUUUGAUUCUUUUGGUGCCUUUGCAUUUGGGCUUAGUCUUCUUGUUACUUGUGAUUGUUUCAAUGGUCCAUUCGUGGAUCCAGAUUGGGUUGUCUUGGGCCAAAGAACUCAUUUUGUUGCACAUAUUCUAUAUUUAUAAAUUGCUUCAAUUUUUGGAAAAAAAAAAAAACUCAUUGUCCUUUCUUAAUCAAGCAAUCAACACGAAUAGCCUAGUAUUACAUGAUGCCAGUCAAUCACAACUCGAGAUGCAAGUAAAUGUAUCAGCUCUAUUCAGAUUUAAUUAUUUAUUAUUAUUUUUUUGCAUGUUGAGUUUUAAUUGGACCAUAUAAUUUUUUUUCCAAUCUACAUAGAAUUUGGAUGCCCCAUUCAAUUGGUGUUGAAGUUGUGGAAGCUUGUAUUUACCAAGAAUUAAAUCUAUAUGUAUACUAUUAUUGAAAGUUUCAAAUCGUUGAAGGCAAUUAAAAUUCUUGUAUUGAGAACUCCUCAUAUCAAUUAUUUAAUACCA